AUGGAAAGCAUUGAAGAAGGAGGUAUCCAAUUCUUCAAAGGAUCCGAGAUCGAAAAAGACUCAGAACUCCAACCGAUGGCUGAAAACAAUCUAUUGAGAACAGAAAAUCUACACUUCCACAGCGAAAGUGGCAGUGAUCAGUCAUCUGACUAUUCAGAAGCAGCGUCCUCUUGUGGUGAGGGCGAUGACUCCGAUCACGAAUGCAAGGACCCCAACCUGGAGGCGAAGGGCGAAAUCCCAACUGAUCUAUCAGCCAGUAAACACGCGAAUAGCAGUGUUUCCUACGAAGAUGACAGCUUUAGCAAGGAAACAGAGAGCCCUUCUGCCGAACGGGGCAGACCUUCUGCAUGUGUCUUCGUUGCUAGUUUGUCAUCUAACCUGUCGGAUGACAUCCUUUGCCAAUCAGUUAACACUCACUUCAAGCAGUGGGGUGUUAUUUCGCUGGUCAAAGUCCUGAGGGACCCUGCAAAUAGACCUUACGCAUUUGUUCAGUACACCAAAGAAGAAGACGCCAAACGAGCAAUUGCCGAAGGCCAACACUCUUUGCUCAAUGGUAGAACCAUCAGAUGCGAAAAGGCCAGAGUCAACCGUACUCUGUAUGUUGAAACCACAAACAAAGCCCUUGUUGAAUCUUCCAUCAGAUCAUUUUUGGAAAAAUACGGGGAAAUUGAAAAGUUGGUUUCCGUGGAUGAAAAAUCCAAUCUUGUUGAUAUCCACUCGGGAGCACAUUCGUACUGGUUUUGCAAAUUUGUCUACCGUCAAGAUGCAAUAAGCGCAUACGCGAACCUGAAAGUCAAGCCAUUUUGGAAUGUUGAAUGGGCACAGAACUUGGAAGACGAGGGCAAUGAUACCCCUGAAGUGACCAUUGAUAAAUAUUCCAUUUUUGUGGGUCAAUUAGACCCCCGCAUCAACCGUGAAGAGCUGAUCGAGAGAUUUGAGCAACACGGAAAGAUCAAGGAGGCAAUCUUGGUCAACAGGCCAUUGAACAAUUUUGCCUUUGUCAAGUUUGAAACCAGAAAGGCUGCAGCAUCUGCUGUGGAGAGAGAGAACCACUCCAUGUUCAAGUUCAAAACGAUUCACGUCCAAUACAGAGAGAUGUACAACAACUAUAAGAACAAGUUCUCCACCGAAAACGGUCCGAAGCUGAACCUUGCUCCACCUCCAGUGAGUUUCAGAAGAAGACACUCUUAUAGCAGCAACAGUGGAUCUAAUGGCGGAUCUGGGAAUAAGAUGAAGAAAACCCCUAAUUUUUUCCGCACCAGACUUGGUAGCUUCAACGGCUUCACAGAGCAGCAUGAGAUGCAGCAACCAUUUUCCAACUUUAAAAAGGCAAAUGUUUCUAAUCCUCCUCCAAUGAGGCGUUUCUCAUUUGGGGGUCAAGUUUCUCCUACCGGAUCUUCAAGUAAACCAUUCAAGAGUAACUUUGAAUUUGCCAAUCCGGGGGCUCCAGCGAAGGUUUCUGUUGAAAGCGUCAAGGGUGGGGCUAAGCUAUCAGUGUCGCGGGUCGACGAGCCGGAAAUGAUGGCUAGCGACGAGGAAGCCUUAUCCCAUGACGGAGCCGGAAGAAUGGACGAGAACGACGAUGCUACUUUUGGUCGCAACACAAAUACUGCAUACUCUUCUACGACCAAUGGGGCACCGAAGACAACUUACUCCUACACAUCUGUCGAUGUUGAUGAGUACUCUCCAAAAUUCUCUGCUGGCCACCCGUUAGCUGACACGAGAAUGGCACCACCUAUGGGCGGUGCUGGUGCUCCGAACUACUACCAAUCGCCUGGUCCCUACUAUUACCUUGUUCCAACCAAAGAGAUGGGUAGCUACAUGGGCAACCCUAUGUCUCCUGCGGUCCAUAAUCCUGCUAUGGUUGGAGUUUCUGGUAACAAUGGAGGGGUCCAAGGAGUUGGAGCACCGCCUGCAACCGGAUACUACUACACCUAUGCGCCUUACGAUCCCAACUCGAACCCAUCGCUGUAUCCGUGUUACAUGUAUUAUAAUCCGAACCCAAUCCCCGGCACUCCCACCGAGCAAAAUAGUGGGUACGCAGGCGACUCUUACGAGCAGAACUUCUAA